GGAGAGUGAGUGGUUGGUAAUGUCAUACUUUUUGUUUGUUUACAGGCAGAAAUGGACCUCAUGCUUCAAACGUCCACAAGCUACAAGUACGUUUUUUGUGUCAAGUCAAUCAAAUUUUUAAAUCAAAACCCCUGAAUGAUCUGUCGUCUUAUUUCUGUGUGUAGCAGCAGCAGCAGCAGCAGGAGCAGGAAGGGGAGGGUUGAGCUGAGCCAAGUGUCCUCCCUCCACCCUCUGUCCUCACUGCAACACCACAUGUGUUCUCCUCUGAGUGACUCCCGAGAGAGCGCGCAGUCAGCUGUGGACGUCCUUCAGAAGAAGACGCAGUGUGGAGGCUCAGUGGAGCGUGGAGACAUGGACUCGUGCGUGCUUUCUCUGGAGUUGUCGGGGAUGCUGCUGUUUGUCGGAGCGUGGCUCUGUGUCCUCACCACCACUCUCCUCCCACAGUGGCUGACCAUGUCCACGGCUCUGCUGCCUGUGGAGAGCUACGAGCUGGGCCUGUGGGAGACCUGCGUGGUCCAGGACGUGGGGGGGAUGGAGUGUCGGGCGUACGACAGCCUGCUGGGCCUCCCCACCGAUCUGAAGCUGGCCCGCGUCCUCAUGUGUGCCUCCCUGGCCGUCGGCAUGCUUGGAAUCCUGGUGUCCGUACCUGGACUUCACCUGGUCAACAGCUGCUCCAGAGCCAAGAGGACUCUGACCACAGUGGGGGCGCUGUUGGCUCUGCUCUCUGGACUUCUGUGUCUCAUCCCCGUCUCCUACAUGGCUCAUUUUGCCGUCACACACUUUUUUGACGACAAAGUUCCCGAUGUGGUUCCUCGCUGGGAGUUUGGAGCCGCGCUGUUCUGUGGCUGGACGGGAGGUUUCCUCCUGAUGGUGGCCGGUCUGCUCCUGAUCGCCUCCUGCUGGUGUUGGCAGACGCAGCCUCAGCCCGCGGCGCCGCAGCAGCAGCAGCAGCAGCAGCGCAGGUACCAGACGAUGAACGCCAGGAAAGAGUACGUUUGAAGACAGAGACACGGAGACUGAGGACAAAAAUCACAAUCACACACUCAAAUCAAAGCGCUUUAAGACAAACAUGUGAAUCUCUGAGAGGCUGCACAAUCAAAUGUUAGAUUUUAAAAGAAUAGUUUGGGGUUUUUUAAAUAAAAAGUUUUUUGCCACUUUACA